AUGUUGUCUUUAACAAGAUUACUUCAAGGAUCCGGGGGUCCAACUACUUCCCCUGCUAGUAACACAACUGCCACUACUGUCACUACUACUACUACUACUACUACUACUACGGCACCCUCUACUACUGCAAUCUCAGAUCCUACAAACAAUAAUCCAAACAAAACCGCAAGCCAUACACCUACUAUUGCUACUGUUAGCGACUCUAACACUACAAACGCCACCACAAAGGCCGCUAAUACAACCGCCAUGAUGACGACCGCUAAUAGUACUGUAACUGCUACCUCUACUACCAGCACCAGUGGCAAUGGUAUCAUGAAUAAUAGAAACUUCUCAAACAUGUCUCCUCAGAGUAUUAAUACACAUUCAAAUAUAAAUUAUACAAAUACUAAUACCACAAAUAUUGCAUCGCCCUUGAGCAGUAGUUUCUUGGAUGUAAAUAAUGCCCAUACAGCCUCAGGUAGAUCAAUACCUUCUUUAUCCACAAUCAUUCCGUACGCUGUACCAAGUUCAAACUCAAACUCAACUUCCAAUAUGAAUAAUGGUAAUAAUGCAGGUAUCGCAUCAAAAAGUGGAUCUUAUAUUGCUUCUUUGAAUCAAUGCGGUCACAAUCAAUACAGCGCCUCUUUACCGAACAAUAUCGCUGCUAUUGAUUCAAAUGUUAUCUCAUCCCCUAUAGUGGACAGCGUGGAACCUAGAUUUGUUGUGUCUCGUCACAAACUUCAUGCAAGGACAAACUCACAUUCAAAUAACUACUUAAACACUCAUUCUAACAAUAAUACGCAUAGUUUAUCAAGAUCAAGUUCGCUAUCAUCUCAAUUGGGUAGCUUAUUUUUUUCGAGUGGUAACUAUCACAGUAAUAAUUCUCCUACAAAUAAUUAUAGUUAUAAUAACAAUCAACCCACAAACUUACCUUCUACUCUACCCACAUCAAUCCCAAAACAACCUAUAAGGGCAAGACAAGCCAGUUUUCACAGCGGUUCUCGCCAACAUUCAUCAUCAUCUUCUUAUAAUGAUCAAUUCUUAGAACAUAAUAAUACUAACACCAAUACAAAUAACAGCAUGGGGACAUCUCCCCAAAUGGAACACACUAAUAAUAAUACUACCAUCAAUAACAAUAUUAAGAAUCAAAAUACUUCUCAAUAUCAAAGUCCUUCAAAAUCAAUUCCCGUUCGUCCGAUUCAACAGAAUCAAUCUCAAUUACAACAUCAAUCCCAUUCUUCCAUGGUGGACUUUAAAAGAUUUUUCCGUAGAACUCCUUCAGGGUCUUUUUCUCCAGGCUCUUAUAGUAAAUCUAUAGGCAGUAACACUCCGACUCCAAGGCAAGGUGAUGAUAAUUCCUCAACUGCCACAAAUACUACGAAUACUGCUACCACCAAUGGUAAUAAUAAUUCUACCAUAGGAGGCCCAACUACUGCCACUACAAAUAUAAAUAUUCAAUUGACAAAUAAUUCAUUCUCUUCAUCUUCUAAUUCUUCAUCUCUGGACUUUACUCCUACUAGCUUAAAUUAUAACAACAACAAUAACAAUACAUCUGCUAGUGUCUCCACAAAUAAUUUUGAAAAUUUAUACAAUAAAGAUUCAAAUGAUAAUGCUGAUUUACCAUUCUCCAAGAAAUAUAUUUUGACUGGCCAAGAUUUAGGUCAAGGUGCUGGAGGAUCUGUAAAAUUAGUUAAAAGAAUUUAUGAUAAUCAAAUCUUUGCUGUGAAAAAUUUUAGAUCUAAAUUUACUAAUGAAAAUAAACGUGAUUAUAUCAAGAAAAUCACUUCGGAAUAUUGUAUCGGUACCACUUUAAAACAUCCAAAUAUAAUUAAAACUAUUGAAAUCAUUUAUGAAAUUGAUACUAUUUGGCAAGUCUUGGAAUAUUGUGAAUUUGAUUUAUUCGCCAUUGUAAUGAGUAACAAAAUGUCUUAUGAUGAAGUGUCUUGUUGCUUCAAGCAGAUUCUAACAGGUAUUCAGUAUCUUCAUUCAAUCGGUUUAGCUCAUAGAGAUCUAAAAUUAGAUAAUUGUGUCAUUAAUAAAGAUGGUAUUGUUAAAUUGAUUGAUUUUGGGGCAGCUGUUGUCUUCCAAUAUCCUUUCUCAAAGAAUUUGGUAGAGGCAACAGGCAUUGUAGGAAGCGACCCAUACUUGGCUCCUGAAGUUUGUAUAUUUGCAAAAUACGAUCCAAGACCAGUAGAUAUAUGGUCUGCUGCAAUUAUUUUUGCUUGCAUGAUCUUAAAGAAGUUCCCUUGGAAAUUACCAAAAUUAAAAGAUAAUUCUUUUAAACUAUUUUGCUCGGGUAGAGAUUGUGAUUCUUUAAGCGCAUUGGUAACCAAAACUCCAAAUCCUCCAUCAUAUGAAAAUAUUGAUGAAUCUUCUUCUCCAAAUACAGGGAAUUCUAUGAAUGAUGGACAUAGUGGCAGUCAUAGUCCAGCAAAACCUCAAUCCAAUAAUCCAUCUGAUCCACAUAAUUUAAAUAUUGGUCCACAAAGGUUACUUCAUACUUUGCCAGAAGAGUCACAAUAUAUCAUUUCUAAAAUGAUCGACCUUGCCCCAGCUUGUAGAGUAAAUAUUGAUGAGAUUAUGAACGAUGACUGGAUCAGAAAUAUUGAUAUGUGCCGUAUUAAUGAAGAAUCUCUUGAACUAUUCGCUGGUUCUAAUCAUUUGCAUACCAUUGUUGAUCAAAGUGAAGCCCAUAUUGCAGGGCUAGAAAGGAAAAAAAGGAUAAUAGCCAUUAAAAAUAUAUAUUAUUCUCACCAUUAUUUAGCAUUUAUUUGA